CUCCGCCUGCCCGCCCCAGGAGCCCGCGGCGCGGACGCUGGAGGGCCGUGCGUGGCGGCGGCAGCGGGCGCAGGGCGGGCGGGACGCGGCGGGCAGGGAGCCCUGCGGGGUCCUGCAGACGGGCCCGGAGGUGCGGGCCGGACCGAGGCAAGCGCGCGGAGCCUCUCGCAUCUGGUUCUGGCCGAGCUCGCGGGGAGGGCUGAAAGCACCCAGCCUCCGCCCCCGCGACCCUGGGGUCCUCGCGGCACGCCCCAGGCCGAGGCCCGUGUGAUGUGUCUCCCGAGCCUGCACCCAGCUUGGCUGCCCGCUUCGUGUAGUUGCAGGUUUCCCACCCACGAGUUGUUUAGACGACCAGUGAAUGGCAGUCACCAGAGAGCCACUCGGUAUUUCUCCUUUCUUGGCACCCAGUCUGUAGGCCUGUGAUGUCAUCUGCCUGCCAGGCGUGGUCACCAGCUUCCCCCCGCACCCGCGAGAGCCCAGCGCUGUGGGCGGCCCUGUGUGGCAGGGCAGGGACGGGAGGGCCGACGCAUCCCCCGGGGCUCAGCUGCUGGCUUCCAGGCCUAGGUGCUCAUGACGCCUAUGCUGACCACUGCCUGGACACCACCGCUGCCACAGGCUCGCUCCACCGCCCGGGCCCCGAUGCCGGUCAUGCCCAUCCCGCGGCGGGUGCGCUCCUUCCACGGCCCGCACACCACCUGCCUGCACGCAGCCUGCGGGCCGGCGCGCUCCUCCCGCCUGGCGCGCACGAAGUACAACAACUUCGACGUGUACGUGCGCGCGCGCUGGCUGUACGGCUUCAUCCGCUUCCUGCUCUACUUUAGCUGCAGCCUAUUCACGGCCACGCUGUGGGGGGCGCUGGCCGCCCUCUUCUGCCUGCAGUACCUGGGCGUGCGCGUCCUGCUGCGCUUCCAGCUCAAGCUGUCGGUGCUCCUGCUGCUGCUGGGCCGCCGGCGCGUGGACUUCCGCCUGCUGAACGAGCUGCUCAUCUACGGUAUCCGAGUGACCGUGCUGCUCGUUGGGGGCCUGGGCUGGUGCUUCAUGGUCUUCGUGGACAUGUGAGGGGCGGCGGGCCUGGGCUCUGGGUUUAUUUAUUGUGACCCUGUUCUUUUCUUGAUGGGGUAGGUCAGGAUUCUGCUCUUUCCAGCCCGACCUGCGGAUGGGGUCUGGGCGGGGUGCUGAGACUGUUCUGUGAAGGGGACGCUGGCGCCCCCUCUGCUGCUGCUUUUCUGCUCCGACCCUCUUGUGUGUUCGGUUAGGCACAGCGCCUCGCUGGCCACCGGCCUGUACUUCCAGCCCUCACUUUUCCAGCCUGUGCCAGGGUGAGGCCCUUUGGCCCGGUCUGCCCUUGGAGAGCCUCUGUGUCCCUGCUGCCUCUCCGGGACACAGGCAUCUUGGGCGGCGGGGGAGUUGCUCCUGGCCAGCCGCACGGCCCCCUUCCCCCGAGCCCCGGCCGCUGCCCCAGCCUUAGGGAAGUGUCAGGCUCGACUGGCUGACGUACCACACUGCCACGAAGCUGUUCACUCUGCCCUGGGCCACCCAAGUCUCGGCACAGCUCACAGGCGCUCCAUCUGUCCUCCUGAGAGGUGUUGGGGUCCUGAGUCCCAGGCCAGGCUUCAGGGCCACGUUGGUUUGCUUAGAUGCAGUCUGGUGGGAGUCACCGGCAGCCUUGGCAGGUUCCCAGAUCAGGGCCAGCCCUGGGUGCAGGGCAGAUCUGUCUUCCUCUUGGGCAGGUUUGUGGAAAACGUCAAGUUGGAUGCCGUAGUCUCAUCAGGUGUGGAUUUCUGAGAAGGCACCUUGACUCCCUUCUGGCUGGGGGGCAGGGGGAGCGGAGCUUUGGGGUAUGGCUAGAAUUGAAACGUGCAUACUGGGGGCUGAUGUCAGAGGUCUCGAGGAGACGCACCGGGCCUGGGCCUCUGAGUGAGGGGCUGGCUGCCCCGUAUUCCUGCCCUGGGCUGUUAGAGCAGCUGCAGUGACAAGCAGAACUGCAUGUGGGGCUGGGAAGAGCAAAGGGCUGGCUGGUCCAACUGGCUGGCUGGCCAGCGUCUUGUCCAGAUCCCUUGCUUCUCUGUCAGAGGAGGAGAGGGUGACCCGGUGGCACAGUAGUCACCGUGGGUCCGCUCGGCAGGUGAGAAGCUGCUUUGAGUAACUGUGCUGGGACAAGAGGCAGAGAGACCAGGGACAGGACACAGCCCCAUCCUGGGGGUGACAGACCCCUGCUUCAUCCCGAGUUGUCCCCACCCCCCUGGGCAUGGGCAGUGGCCCCUUUGACCCCGUGUGGCCGGGCAGUCCAGUGGCCGGGGGAGCUGUUGGACAGUUGGGAGCCACAGGAAGAAAAACCCAAAUCAGUUAGAGAAAGCAAAGAAAGCUUGGCUGUGAACCAUGCCCUUUGAUUUGCAGCCAGCUUCUACCCAGUGAUUGUCGACUUGAGGACAGUGGGAAGGCUCCUCGGACAGGGUUCUUUCUCGGGCUGAGUCUGUCCUAGUUCCCUGGAGGGCAGGUGGGGACCUGACCUGCGUGGACCCAUUUCUCAGCGCCGCAGAGAACCUUUUGCACUAAGUUAUGCUGUUUCCUAAAAGUUUUGUUUUGUGUUAACUCCGAUUCCCCUGAAGCUGCCGUCACUGAGGUGGACACCUGUCCACGCCGUCAGGACGGCAGGAGGGGUCUGGCCGUGCCACCUCGAAUGUCGUUGCGGCCACGUGGGGAGCUGGCACGUUGAACACAAAGAUGCUCGGAGUCUCGAGUGCCUGUUAAAUUCUUUACGAAAUGAGCCACCUGCAUUAAACUUAUUUUUUUAACAUG